GAGCAGGUCGGUUGGCACAGCUGAGCUCGUUCCAGAGCUGGUGGAAAUAAUCUCAUCCGAGCCUCAUUCACUCAUACUGGGGAGGCUCCUAGGGGCCAGAUUGAAGUGAUUUACGCAACAAUGUCUCGCCAGUGGUUGGCUGUUGCGGAUUUUGUUUUGUCUUAAUCUUUGGGCAGAUUAACCGACCGAACCAAUUGUGUGCCUCCACGGGACUAAUGUGUGGGGAGAACUUGUGAACUCAAAACAGAGUCCCUGCAAACUUCAUCUAGACGAGAAUAUAUUGCUCUGGAGGAAGUAUAAUAAAAUGUUUUUUUUCUGGAUACUAUGACGGUCAGCCAUGCAUAUGACAUCAGUGACUGACAGCCACCAUAAUGCUCCACUGACACUCUGAUUUGAUCAUGGAGGAUGCAGUGACCUCUGAAGAUGCUGAACCCCUGCCUGCCACCUCCCAAAACAUUGACAUCCAUCUCAGGGAGCCAGAGGACGAGUGUCCUUCCAGCACAAGCCCGGAGCCCAGCACCCCGUCUUCACCUUCUAAUCAGCAAACUCAAGGCUCUGCUGUAUCGGCGCUGCAGUCCAAGGUCAAGUCUCUCUCCGAGUGCAGAGUUGCCUGGAAAGAACCUGGAAGUAAGAACCAGGACAAACGAGUGGUUCCCGGGACCUUCAUGCUGGGAUACGCCCUCACGGACGCUUGGGGCUCCAGCAGCAGCGAUGAAGACGGGGAACCUCGCAAGCCUCUGAUUUUCAUUGCCGGAGAUCACAAGCCUCAGGUAGAACUCGAGUACGAUCCCAUUUCUUCCGAAACUUUGCUGGCAAUCCCACGUGGCCUUGGAGAAGGAGCAAGCCUGGAGAACCUCUCGAACGAUGCUUGCAGGGCUCAACACGAUGCUUCUACAUCUGAUAAACCAUGGAUGCCUCCAAAGUGUUUCUGGAGGUCCAUCAGACCAGAGAUGCCGGUUCUAAAUGGGAAGAUCCCUGUGGGGAAAGAUGGACCAAAUAGAGGAACCAUGGGACACAAAAUGGGCCUCAAGUUUCCAAGGGAACUGCAAAGGUCUGACAGCCUGGAGAGUCACCUACACAGGUACAAUCACGGUGAGGUGGGACAGUGUGGACUCUGGCGGGCCGACAGCUUGGAGAGCAUGUGCAGCAGUGGAAGCUCGCUGUCCCUGGCUGAGAGGGUCGAGAUGAACCGAGGUCUUCUCAAACAGAUGCUGCAGAAAGCCCAGAACAAAGACCAUGUGCCAGGACAAAGGAUAGAGGACCCGACACACAUUGGUGGUAGAGGUAUCUGUGGCCUCAGUGAUAGUGAUUGGGAUUCUGGGAUUUCGCUCCAAGGUAGUGAACACAGCCAAAGGGCCUUUGUGUUGGGCGACGACCUUCCGCUGAGCCCUCGCCACGAGCAGGCCAAACGACUGCUGGAGAGAGCGCGUAUGAAGGCCCGGUCCAACCCUCUCAAAGCCGACCACACCAUCCUACCCGUCCAGAGGGACAACCUGGAGCUGUUGUCCUGGGUUGGUGUACCCUUACACCAGGCUCCUCUUGCUGGGAAGGAGGGCGUGGCGGUGGUCUCCGGAAACCUUAGUGACUCCUCCAGCGGCGACUCGGCAGGUGGAACCCGCCGGAGACAUGGACAGUCCCCAACCCGUGUGCGUUUCGAAGAUGAAUCGGAGAAGGACGCUGAGGUGCGCUACCUGGAGCGGCUACACCAGCGGCGCAGGGCUGGAGAAAGAGGGCAGGGGCUGCUGGUGUCCAAACCCACCUUGUCGUCUUACAUCAAUGGACAGGCAGAGACAGGACAUGGCUCAAAUGAUUCAAUAUUCUGGAAGCCAAAAGCCAAGAAGAGUUUGUUGAAUGGCAAAAGUCCGGAAACAGCAAACAGGCAAUGCAACUCUUGUGGGACCUUUCUAAAUGAACCACACGGGCCUAGCUUGAACUCAAAUACUCUGUCUUUACCUAAUGGUGAAGUCGAAGGGAAGAAGAUACCAUGUUGGGUUGCUCCCACCCUACCCAACCGGCUUGUCCGAAUCGAACAGAUUAAGGAGACGUACAUUGGGACGAGUCCCGCUAUCGUCCACAGUGAUGGAACGCACUGCAUUCCUGUGGAUAACGUGAGUGGUAGAGGAACAUUCCAGAAGCUAAAGAAGAAGGUCCGGAAACAAGAGAGCAAGCAGGAACCCUUGUAUGUCAACGGCCUGAGGGCUCCAACACCUCCGGAUUGCAACAGUGGAACUCAAAUGUGUCUCUCGAAUAGACUAGCAUUGCCACUCAACCCCUAUGCCGUGGAUCCCCUUGGACAGAGAAUCCCAGCCGCAUGCAGCCCCACAUCCAGCAAGGGACCUGUAGUACCUCCAUUGCCCCCCAAUGGAGAACCAUCCAGCUCCCACCUUCCUCAGCCAACCCCUCCUCCCCUCCAACCGAAAAAAUCAGCCCUAAAAUCCAGCUCAAAGAACCGCUCUAAUGGUCAGCGGACUGUCACACUCAUUUCUUCACCGGAGUACCACCUGGACUCCACAGAGGCAGGGGGCGCUGUGGAUAGCUGUCUUCAGGAACAGGUUUCCUCUGGACUGGGUUAUUGGGAGGACAGAUCUGCAGUGGUCACCCCUGUACCCAUAAUCAGGACGAGCCCAGUUCUGUGUGCUCGAAACUCACCCAUACCAGGGGAAGAAAGGCUAACAGAUGUGGAACAGCACCAGAGUACAGGACAGCUGGGAUCUAAUGCAACAUCCAGCAGUGCUGAAUCAACCCAGGAUCGACUCAAUGACAGACACGUCAGAGGGCCAAUCAGACCAGUGCAUCACAGGGCAACUAGCCCAAACUUCUUACAGGAUCUUCAGCGUGCCUUGAGUGUAGAGGACGUGGGGCGGCCCAGUGCGGUGCGUCCGGUGGGACGCAUGGCCCAGGCCUUCCCUGACGGCACCAUCCUGCUGGAGCUCUCCAGGCCCCCCAACGGCCCCUUCGGCUUUCUAAUCUCACGAGGAAAAGGCAGGCCAGACUCAGGGGUGUACGUUGAAGAAAUGGGCGACAGCAAUAUGGAGAAACUCUACGCGGGGCUGCUCGGGGUCGGAGACGAGAUCUUAGAGGUGAAUGGCGAGAAGGUGGCAGGACUCAGUCUGGACCUGGUGACCCGUUUAAUGACUCAAAACAGCACAGCUUCAAUCCGCGUACUACAACACAGAUGCCUACAGCGCUAACUGAAGACAAGACUGUACCAGAACCACAUUUUGUUGUAGUCAAUGUAAACAAUGUCAGAAAUGUCAGGGACGAGUUUGUGUAAUCGGCAGUAUUACGUUUAAUCGACCUUUGGAGUUUUAUGGCAAUGAUCACACAACGGUCCCUAUUAAGUUACCCAAAAAUGAAGCGUUUUUUUAUACAUUUUGUUACAAUCCAGUUUCAUUUUUUAAGUGAAUUCAUCCCUGUAGCCACUGUUAUGGCUAAAGGCCUGUUCACACCAAAAACAAUAACAGUAAUGACAAAAUAUAUAGUAUUAAAAAUCAUUCUAAAGUUAUAAAAAUAGCAGGGUCCACAACUAUAAUGAUAAUGACACAGAGGAACAAUAUCGUUGGAAACACUUUCCAGCUGAGGAAUGACAAAAACACUGGCAGCCAAUCCAUCCUGCUUUAAAUAGUUUGAGUAUUUAAAGCGGCAGAUGACAAAACUGCAGUGCUGUUUGUAAUAAACAGCAUGUUAUUGCGCGUUGCAGUGGAUGCUAAUAUAGUUCAGUCAUUACAACUCUCUGAGAGUUUAGCACGGUAAUAUACAUGGCAAGGUUAAUGUGUUAAUAGAUCUGCUACGCUACCAAGACUUGCUACUGUCAAUACAUCCACAAACAUGCUGUGUGAGCAUGUAGGAAAUAUUGCCGCUGCACAUAUAACAUAUAUGAAAUAACCCCCUUAUAUAAUAUACAUGACAUAAACCCAUAGCAGAUCUAUACAGGUGGAGCUGGGGGAGGUGGAGGGUUUCUGAAGCGCGUUGCAACUGCUACAACAAACACUAGCCAAAUAUUUGAAUGUUGAGCAGCAAGCUCAUUGGCUGCUGAU